GUCGGCCUGCAGCGCGGCCCGGAGGCGCGGAAGAGGCAGUUCGUGUCUAAGCCGGGUCAGCCCGAGGAUGCUGGCAGACAGCUCAAGAAAAAGAGGAGAAAGAAAUCCAAGAAGGAAGCUGAGAAGAAGAAUGCUCCUUCAGUCAAACAGACAAUCUCUCCUGCCAGUAAACCUGCUGCGGGACAGAAAGCAGCCCCUCAAGCCAGCAAAUCCCCCCCAGAGGGUGUUCCACAGAGCCAAACUGGGGGUUUGGUUGCAGGGAGCAAAGGUGACGUGGGUUCCCCUUCUUUUUCUGCGAUGAAUCUCCUGCGUCAGAGACUCCAUGAGAAGAUUAAAAAAGCUUCUGGACAAGAUGAUGCCAAAGAAUUACCCCCUGCAGUCCUGGAGAAGAGGCAGAGAAGGAAGUACGAGAGAGAGAGAAAGAAGCGCCGAAGGAAGGAGUUGAAGAUGAAGGCAAAAACGGAGAAGAAAGAAACUGAGGAGGUACCGGUAGAGCCAGAAAGCAAAAAGGAGGAGAGCACAGCUGAGAUUGUCUUUAACAGGGUCGAAGUCCGUGAGGAGAAUGAGCUGAGCAAGGUCCAGAAGAAGAAAGAGAAAAGGAAAGCAGUGAAAGGCAACAUCACUCCUCUGACCGGCAAAAACUACAAGCAGCUGCUGAGCAGGCUGGAGACCAGGAAGAAUAAGCUGGAGGAACUCAAGGAUAAGGACCAGAAGAAAGCUCAGGAGCUGGAGAACAAGAUGAAAUGGACAAACGUUCUCUAUAAGGCGGAAGGCGUGAAGAUUCGUGACAACGAGGAGCGUCUGAAGGAAGCUCUGAAGCGUAAGGAGAAGCGCAAAGCGCAACGUCAGAGGCAGUGGGAGAAGCGGACGGAAAAAGUGGUGGAGAAGAUGCAGCAGCGGCAGGAGAAGCGUCGCAAGAACAUUCAGAAGAAGAAGAAGGACAGGAUAGAGAAGAAGAAAGCCAGGGCCCGGAAGAAGGGCCGGGUUCUGCCGGAGGACUUGAAAAAAGCUGGCUUGAAGUGAGAGCUGGUCCUGGCAGCCUGG